ACCAAAAACUUUUUAGCUUUUUUUGUUUUCUUUCUUCCUUCAAUGUCAUUUUGUAACACAUUCCACGAUACUUGAAUCUCACUUCUUCAUCUCUCUCGCUCUAUCUAUCUGUUGCUCUGAUUUAGUCUCGCAAAAUCUUUAUUUGUUCGGAAAUUAUCCAAGUGUCCCGAAUUUGGUUGAGGAAUUUUUGCUGGGAAUAUCUUCGUGAUUAAGGGUUUUUUUCGCUUUGUUCUCUGGAGAUAUGAUGAAAGCUUCGAUUGGAAGGUUACGGAGAUUCGCAUUGCCCAAGGUCGAUGCGAAUGAUAUCGGAGAGCUUUUCCCCUCGGCACAGAUUGACGGGCUUGCUCGAGCAGCCAAGGAUAUGCAAGAAAUGAGAGAGUGUUAUGAUAGAUUACUCUCGGUAGCUGCUGCAACGGCUAAUAGCGCAUAUGAGUUCUCUGAGUCAUUGGCGGAGAUGGGUUCAUGCUUGGAGCAAAUCGCGCCGCAUAAUGAUGAAGAAACUGGUAAAACUUUACUGAAUUUGGGUAAAGUUCAGUUUGAGCUUCAGAAACUCGUCGACACUUAUCGUUCUCAAAUAUUCAAGACCAUUACACGACCUUCAGAGUCACUUCUCAAUGACCUUAGAACCGUUGAGGAUAUGAAGCAACAAUGUGAAGAGAAGAGAGAUGUUGUGAAGCACAUGAUGAUGGAGCAUGUGAAAGACAAGGUACAACUUAAAGGCAGUAAAGGAGAGAGACUUAUUCGCCGACAGUUAGAGACUGCCCGUGAUGAGCUACAAGACGAGGCGACUUUGUGCAUUUUCCGAUUGAAAUCUCUCAAGGAAGGUCAAGCUCGAAGUCUCCUCACACAAGCAGCCCGCCACCACACUGCUCAGAUGCAUUUGUUCUUUGCUGGUCUAAAAUCGCUUGAGGCAGUAGAGCAACAAGUCAGAAUUGCUGCGGAGAGACAACACAUCGACUGUGAGCUCUCUGAUCACGGGAACGAAAUGGAAUGUAGUGGGGAUGAUGAUGAUGAUGAUGACCGGCAUGUAAACAGAGAUGGAGAACUCAGUUUUGAUUACAUUACAAGUGAGCAGAGAGUGGAAGCUACUACAUCUACACCGCAGGGAUCAACAAAGAUGGAUGACACAGAUCUCUCUUUUCAACGCCCUUCACCAGCAGGAUCAGCAACGGUAAAUGGAGAUCAUAGAGAAGAGAACCAACCGACUUCAUACCAAGAUCGCAGAAGGAGCAGCCAUUCAGCACCGUUGUUCCCGGAAAAGCCAAUGAGGCAAAUGACUCCGUCUUCGAAUACUUAUGUGUUACCAACACCGACGGAUUCAAAGUCUUCAUCAAUCUUCACUAAACCAGUCACCAAAACAAACCACAGUGCAAACUUAUGGCACUCAUCUCCGCUUGAACCAAUGAAAACAGAGAGCAACCUCUAUUCCCGUCUUCCCCGUCCUUCAGAAACUCCUCACGAAGCUGCACCAAGACACACUUUUUCUGGACCGAUCAAACCAUCCUCAACGCGUCUUCCAGUUCCGGUUCAGUCUCAGGCUCAGGCUCAGUCAUCUUCUCCAAGGAUCUCUCCUACUGCUUCACCUCCCCACGCUUCUUCUCCACGGAUCAACGAACUCCAUGAGCUUCCAAGACCACCGGGGCAAUUUGCACCGCCACGACGCUCGAAAUCUCCUGGUCUUGUUGGUCAUUCGGCGCCAUUAACGGCUUGGAAUCAAGAAAGAAGCACCGUAGCUGCACAGUGGAGAUGAAAGUGACACUUUGUAUUUGGAAAAUCCAAGUUGUUAAGUUUUUUUUUUUUGUCGUAAUAGAAAUAUAUCCUUUGUUUUUUUUCCCGCUUAGAAUACAUGGAGUCAUUAGAGAAAAUGAUGCAUCAUAAAAUCCAUGAAGUUUUGGGUUUGAAGGUGAUUAUAAUUGAUGUUUCUAUUUACUUUUCAUUAAUGGGAAGUGAA